AUGGACAAGCUCGGCCGUCUUCAAAUGAUUAGAAUCCAUAAUUGUGGAAAUCUGGUUUGUUUUCUUGAAUGUGGGUUGCCUGUUACCACCAACCUGAAAUCUGUGUGGCUUGUUGGAUGUGGAAAACUCCAAGCUGUGCCUAAUCUCUACUUUCUUCGACAUUUGUAUGUAGCAUAUUGUCCAAGGCUGAAAUCCUUGGGAGAAGGAGCUUUGCCAACCAACCUAACAUCACUCACAAUCUAUGAACCUGAUUUUAGUAAGGCAGUGAUGGAGUGGGGAUUGCACAGGUUCACCUUUCUUACACGACUCAACAUUGAUGGUAGUUGCAUAGAUGCAGAGUCAUUUCCACAAGAGGAGAUGGGAGUGAAUACGAAGCUGCCAACUUCUCUCACUCAUCUUUUUAUUUAUAGUUUCAAAAAUCUAAGAAAGCUGUCCUCCAAUGGUUUUCGGAACCUCCCCUCUCUUCAAGCCUUGUGGAUCUACAAUUGCAAAAAGCUCAAAUCCAUUCCCAGAAAGGAAAUGCUUCCCUCACUUUUGCUACUAUAUAUAAGGUAUUGUCCGGUGCUAAAGGAAAGGUGCAAAAGGGAUAAAGGAAAACAAUGGUCCAACCUCGCCCACAUACCUUGUGUAGAGAUUGAUGGUAGAUUCAUACAUGAAUGA